AUGAAAGCUGACAAACCCAUUCGCUCGUCCCGUUCACUAGGUUACGGUGGUGGAGGAGGUGGCUACGGUGGUGAGUUCUGUGCCUCGCCGGCUUAUCGUGUGCGUCCCUCGUUGCUGACUCGAUACCACGCCCGCCUUCUCUGCUCUUUUUCUCUCGCAACAGGUGGCGGUGAUGGAAGAUACGGUGGUGGUGGAAGCUACGGCGGUGGAUACGGUGGAGGAGGAGGCUACGGAGGAGGAGGAGGAGGAUUCGGUGGCGGAGGAGAUCGCAGUAAGUAGUCAUGGCUCGGCCGGUGCGUGCGUCUUCACACGUCGCUGUUGUCUGACCUCGCGCUUCGGUCGCAUUUCGCUCUUGUUCUACAGUGGGCGCUCUCGGCUCCGGCCUGCGCGCCCAGAACUGGGACCCUGCCACCCUUUCCAAGUUCGAGAAGCACUUCUACAACGAGGACAAGCGUGUGUCCGAGCGCUCCGACCGUGAGGUCCAGGAGUUCCGUCGCGAGAAGGAGAUUCAAGUCUUCGGUAACAACAUCCCCAAGCCCGUUACCAACUUUGAUGAAGUGAGUUGGGCCUCUGAUCCCGCCCAUGUACUUUGAUCGUCGAUGCUAACCAACACUUCCGCCACCACAACAGAUGAACUUCCCUUCUUACAUCACCUCUGAGAUCAAGCGUGCCGGUUUCACGACCCCGAGUCCCAUUCAGAUGCAGGUCAGUCUUCGGUUGUGUUUCGAUCAAACUAACUUUGGCACAGUCGCUCACUCCGCGUGUGCUUCUCCGCCAACAGUCGUGGCCCAUGGCUCUGUCCGGACGUGAUCUCGUCGCCAUUUCGGCCACCGGUUCCGGAAAGACGAUCUCAUUUGCCCUCCCCGCCAUGAUCCACAUCAACGCCCAACCCCUCCUCAACCCCGGUGAUGGACCGAUCGUCCUCAUCCUCGCCCCCACUCGAGAACUCGCUGUCCAGAUCCAGGAAGAGUGCACCAAGUUUGGUUCGUCGUCCCGAAUCCGCAACACUUGCGUUUACGGUGGUGUCCCCAAGGGUGGACAGAUCCGCGACCUCCAGCGCGGUUCCGAAAUCGUCAUCGCCACCCCCGGUCGUCUAAUCGACAUGCUCGAGUCCGGCAAGACCAACUUGCGCCGAGUGACUUACCUCGUCAUGGACGAAGCCGAUCGCAUGCUCGACAUGGGUUUCGAGCCCCAGAUCAAGAAGAUUCUCGAGCAGAUCCGCCCCGACCGCCAAACGCUCAUGUUCUCCGCCACCUGGCCCAAAGAGGUCCAGAAGCUCGCCCACGAGUACUUGCGCGACUUUAUCCAGGUCACCAUCGGUUCGCUCGAGCUCUCGGCCAACCUGAACAUCACCCAGAUCGUCGAGGUCUGCUCCGACUUCGACAAGCGAGGCAAACUCGUUAAGCAUCUCGAGAAGAUCUCGUCCGAGUCGGCCAAGGUGCUCAUCUUUAUCGGCACAAAACGUGUCGCCGAUGACCUCACCAAGUACCUUCGACAAGACGGAUGGCCAGCCCUCGCCAUUCACGGUGACAAGCAACAGCAGGAGCGUGAUUGGGUUCUUAACGAGUUCAAAACGGGUCGAUCGCCCAUCAUGAUCGCGACCGAUGUCGCUUCUCGUGGUCUCGGUACGUCACUUUCAACUCUCCCCUCGUUUCCCCUCCCCUCCCCAUGCUUUGUGCCACCUUCGUCAUGCGGAGCGCUUUGCGCAUUUUGCGCGCGUUGGCAUGCGCACUCUCUCCGCCGAGAUCUCCUCUUCCUCUAUACAGGGCCUGUCAACACCCACCAUCAACUCUACACGACGCAAGAACAGACAGACUUGGUUUCGGCGCUUCGUCAACAGCUCCACUUUCGCCCGCGAUGUCUUCCUACUAACGGCUCGGGUCGAAGACGACGGAUCACACCAGGCGCUGAUCAGUCGAUGGCGAUGUUGGCGCGUUUCUCGCAAGUCGCGGACGGGGUCUGGAGCACCAAGAGUCUUUUUCGUGCGAGCUUUUGGAAGAUGUGCGGCGCAUCGGGUCGCUGCGACGUGCUCGAGGCGGCACUUGCCCCCUCGAUUGCAUCGUGCUGAUCGGCGCUACCAUUCAUUCGCGCGUCUCGUCUCGGUGUCACAUUGUCGACGAGAGAAGUCGACAAUGUGUCGUCGAGACUAGACGCGACGGAUGAGGUCGUCUUCCAGCCCGGAUAUCCUGUUUCAGGAAAUCAUGGGGUUCGUUCUCAUCCAUUUGGGUGACUUCUCUGCCUGCUUUCAUCCCUGUUUCGUGGAGUGCGGAGUAACGCCGUUCAACUUCGACCACCAUCGGUUGCGCCUUCACCUUCGUGAUCUUGGGCUCUUUGUUCGCCGCCGCCGUCGCCUCCCUUCCCUCCCCUCCUGCCCCUCUUCCCCGCUUCCCCCGUCUCCCCCACCUUUCUAUCUCUCUUCCCUCAUCCGCAUACUCUUCCGUCCCCUCCCCGCCCGUUCCGUGCCUCCCCUUCGAGUUUCGAGCUUCGCUGUCUGUUCUUCGCGUCCUUGAUUGUGGUGUCGGUUACAAGUACCAGGCCUUCCUGAAUGAAGGGUGAAAGGAAGAAGGAAGGCUAAGCACGGAGAGCUGGUGUUGAGGUUCCGAGGUUGACUUGAGCGGUCUUUACUCACGGGUUUUACUUUCGUUCACCUUCGAUCAAUAGAUGUUAAGGACAUUGGCUAUGUUAUCAACUACGACAUGCCCAAUGGUAUUGAGGAUUACAGUGAGUGUCGUAUAUGGAGGGUUGUUUGACUGGAACGGCAUGUUUUGCUGACAUGCGACGACGUUGAACGAGGUCAGUUCACCGAAUUGGUCGUACCGGUCGUGCCGGAGCAAAGGGAACGGCUUACUCGUACAUCACACCUGAUCAAGGCAGUAAGUCACCCCCUCCCCCCCCUCGAGCACGAUAGCUACUCUUGAAUUUGAUGACUGACCUUGCGCAUCAUCGACCUUGCCUCCACCUAAUAGAGCUCGCGCGCGACUUGGUCAAGAUUCUCAGCGACGCCAAGCAAGUGGUCCCCCCUGAACUGCAACAGAUGUCCAUGUACGGUGGUGGAGGUGGAGGCGGAGGUGGUCGUGGUGGUCGUGGUGGAGGAGGUGGUGGUUACCGGCGUGGUGGUGGAGGAGGUGGCGGAUACGGUGGAGGAGGAGGAUACGGCGGUGGAGGAAGGUGGUGA